GGUUUGACCGCUCGGCAAUAAUUUCCCGUUUCGUUCGUUUCACGCGCGCUCCGCAAGGAGCCGCCACCGCGUAAAUCACUUGCUGCCCGUCUAUGGUGGACUCGCUUUUUCAUGAAUUUACAACACGUGUUCCCAUAGAUUGGCAGCCGAAAGUUUAAUAAAGCACCCCGUCAUCUGGAGCAGACGAAAUCCGCGAGAACUAAGGUAACCGCAAAGUGACUUCAAGAUGGGCAACGUAUUCGCGACCAGUCCUCUUCCCCCGACGCCGGCUCUGGCACCGCCGGCGCCCCCAUCUUCGCUGCCGGAUCCGUCGGAGCCGCGGCAGCCGCCGGGCCUGCAGCAGGAGGAAAUCCAGAACCCGGGCACGCUAGAAGACCUACACAAGAAAUGUAAGGACAUUUUUCCGGUAAACUUCGAAGGGGGCCGGCUCAUGGUGAACAAGGGCCUGAGCAACCACUUCCAGAUCAGUCAUACCCUCAACAUGAGCUCGGUUACCCCGUCGGGGUACCGCUUCGGCGCCACCUACGUCGGCACUCAGCAGUUCAGUCCUUCGGAAGCGUACCCGGUCCUGCUGGGCGACAUCGACCCCAGCGGCAACCUCAACGCCAACAUCAUCCACCAGUUCACGCCGCAGCUCCGCACCAAGGUGGCGGCUCAGAUCCAAGACUCGCGGUACGUGGCCACGCAGCUCACAGCCGACUACCGGGCCCCCUCAUACACCGCGUCCGCCACGUUUGGCAACAUCGACGUCUUGGGUGGCUCGGGCGUCGUCGUGUCUCACUACCUGCAGAACGUGACGCCCAACGUCGCGCUGGGCGCCGAGCUGGCCUACCAGUACGGCCCACAGGUGCCCGGCGGCGAAAUUGCGGUCUUGUCGAUGGCCGGCCGCUACACGGGACCGAACUACGUGGUGAGCGGCACCGUGGGCAUGGCGGGCGCGCACUGCUGCUACUACCACCGCGGCAGCGAGACGACCCAGGUGGGCGUCGAAGUGGAGACCAACUACAGGGCUGGCGAGAGCGUGGCGUCAAUCGGCUACCAGGUCGACCUUCCCAAGGCGAACCUCGUCUUCCGGGGCAUGGUGGACAGCAACUGGACGGUGGGGGCCGUCCUCGAAAAGAAGCUGCACCCGCUGCCUUUCUCGUUUGCCCUGAGUGGCAUGCUCAACCAUGCCAAGAACCAGAGUCGGUUUGGCUGCGGACUCAUCAUCGGAUAGCACUUUCUAGCCAAGCCUGGUGUACAGGAGGGUCUUCUCUGGGAGUCAAUGUAGUCUACUUCAUAGUCGGGGCUAUGCUAGGAGAGUGUAUGUAACAAAGGCAUCGUCUCCGAGAACGUGCUCACAUGCUCCCGUCUGUGGGACCAGAGCGGAGCUGUUGGCUGUUGUAGAAGGCUCUGCAGUGGGAACGUGCUUGCUCAUUUCUCGUAGACGGACCGAUAUCUCUGGGCUUUGCAGAAAGAACUGCAGUUUUUCCAAACCAGCUAUUUGUCUUUGCUGCUGCAACGAUUGGGGCAGUUGGGGACGGGCAGACUGCCUAUAAGUUCUGCAAAGUUCAGGGGUUAUAUGCUCCAUCUUUCAGGUUGAGCACAGCACUGUGCAAGCCCUAGGAGAUGCAACACUUUGAAGUGUUUCAGUUAAGUCAACUUCCUAGUGAUUUGUUGCACUACACCAAACUACAUAUGUGGGGCCAGGGCUUUUCCCAGUGCUGUACUCAUCUUCCAAGGUGGAAUAUAGAGCUGAUAUUUUUCUUUGAUCGUCUCAUUCAUGCCUACCUGUAUUAAUGUGGACUUCUGAGCAUGUACAUAUGCUGCCUGCCCCUGUCAUCAGACAGUGGAAAGAGUGACAUUUGUUAAUGGGUGAUGAUAUGCUCUAGUGUUUGCAAUGGUUGCCAUGUAGCUAAGAGGACUAGAUUGUUUGAAAUAUAAUUGUUACACAUUCAUAUGCAGCCCUAUUUCUUCACAGUAUGCUCGAAGAGUGUGUGCAAGGUAUGUGUGUCUUGCAUUCUAGGGAAUAAAAUAGAAAGGGUCCUAUAGAUCAGUGGCGUCACUAGGGUCAGCGGCACCCGGGGCGGUGGUUCUCGGCGACCCCCUUUCCCUCCCCCCCGGCUCGUUGCCCGCCUCCAAUUUCCCCCCGCCCAUCCCCCUGCUCGCCGCCCGCCGCGACACCCCCCCAAAGCACUGCACCCGGGGCGGUCCCCCCACCCCCCUUCAUGCCCCCCCCUCGUGACGCCACUGCUAUAGAUGUACUUGCACAUAGCUGUGAGCCAAACGAGGACAUCCAUGUUUAAUUGAAUUGACUGCUGUUGAAUUUAUUGAUUUUCCAUUUCAGUCAGUCGAAGCAGAAAGCUGUUUUCAUGUCCAUCUGUAAAGAGAGUAUUUGUAUGAAUGAAACCUGCACUGAAACCACUAUUCACCCUGUUCUUUUUUUGGUCAUCAAUGGCUUCUAUUUGUGUUUUAAACGUUCUUGCAGUAUGGCUUUCUAAAUUAUUUAUGCACCUUGGAAGUCAAAUAACUUGCUAGUGUACAAAUAGUAGGACUGUUCGUUUUGCUCUCACAAUUUUGCGGCAGAAGACACCCGAAUGAUAAGUAAUGAGGAGUCAGGUAGUGUAAACAGCUAGUGCAAAUACAAUAACUUACGGAACCAAUGGUUGUCUGAAACGCUAGCUCAUGCAUUCCUUUUCUACAAGUUCUUCACUAAACUCUGCUGUAAAGAUAGAAAGACCAGAAAAAAGCUAUGAAAUCACUAACCCUUUCCUCUUGAGUAAAAGUGCAGCAGGAAACCUGGUUACUACUUUAAAGCUCUUAAUGAAGCUCACUUACCAUAAAUGACCAGGAUGGUCAAGUACCCUGAUAGCCGGCUGAGAUAGUUGUGCAGGGCUUUAAUGGCUAAAAAAAGUAAACAUCAGCUCUUUGAAAUCGUUUGAAGACACAUGUUAGUUUGAUUUGGGUGUUUUUAAUCUUGAUAUUAGGGGAUGCAAAAACAAAAGUAUGCAUACCUUUACAUUUUUUCCAAGCAGUACUUCUCAUUGCUCAUUGAAAACGGUGCCCCAGGUUCGAACGAAUCUAACUUAAAUAUAGCGACAUUUGUGCAGUUCAAGAGUCAUACUCACGGUACCAGCGACAGACUUGCAUUGUAAGAACAAGCAGGAUGAAGUUCAACACCAGAGAAAUUGUGAGCAAUUUGUAGACAAACUUGUCUUGGAUAUACAUAGUAUGCUUCUGCAGGAACUGACUUGGGAUGGUAUGUGGCUCAGAUCUCGGUAGGAGCAACUGUACCCGUAAUGCAGGGCAUACCACUGAAAUACAGGUUGCAAUAUUUUACCACAGGUUUUCAAGAAGAAUGUAUGUUGCAUCUUAUAGCUUUGCAAUGGGGGAGAGAAAGCGCUGGACAUAAUAUGCCCUCUUGAAACAUCCUGGCACCCAAACCCCACAACUGUGUGGUUUUGGGUGCCAGGGCAUGAUGUUUGUUUAGUAAACUUCACCUUACCUAUUUA